GACGCCGUUGGUACAACGUUCGUGUGGAAAAUGGGCAAAGCAAAUUGUUUCAUUAUAUUUAAAGUUACAUACGUACCAAGAAGAGCGAUGUAAUCACUUCCUGCAGGAAAUUUGUGACGAAAUUACCGACCCUCACGUUAGAAAUCUUUUUGUCGUCUCGUUUAGCCAGCUCUUCACCUUCAGUACGACAGUCAAGAUGUUCAAGCUCGGGCUAACGCUCCUUACAAUUAGCGUAGGAACCACAUUGAGUAGACCAAGUGAACAGCCAACGAAAUUUGAUCUGGCACUGACUCAAGAUGCUGUUGCAGACACUGUCAGUGAUGCCACCGUUACAACACUACAGCGUGGACAGGAAUUCGUAGAACAGGUUGCCGACGCGAUCAGAUUUGGGAGAGGAAGAUUAGUCCAUUCCGCGACAAUGGCAAGAAACAUCAUUGCCUCAAUGGCGGAGCAAUUCGCCAGCGAUGCUGAAAACAAUGUGGCGUCAGCGAUUGCAGCGAAAGGGGAUCUGAUAGCGCAAGGACGCAGCAUACUGGAGUCUCUUCCAAAGGACUCUCCAGCCUUUUUCAAUAUCCUUCCGCCGACAGUAAGAGAGACGGUUCGUUUGGAAAGCGAAAAUGGGCAGGGAUUUUUGGAAAAACCAAAAAUGAGCUACAUUGAAGGAGUUUUGGAAAAUUUUUUGAGACCGACGCCUCUGGUCGAUGGCAUAAAAGAGAGUGAGAAGUACGGAAACUCAGGAGACAGGUUUACCGGAAUUGGAAAAGCCAUCGUCGGCGGAUACGAAGGGUUCAGCAACUUCUUGAACGCAGUUGUUGACUUUCCGGUCGAUGCCGCCAAGAAAACUUCGCGGAAGUUGACAGAAACUCUGAACCAAUUUGGAGCCCGCUUAGUUGGCCUUGCGUAGUACGAAACCAAGUCUAGUUGUUGCAUUAUUGUAAUCAAAUGUGUAAAUAAACCAUUAUUUUUAAUUUA